AUGAUGAGCCAAAACUGGGACGCCAGAGAUUUCGACGAGAGGCGAAGCAGCAACAGCGCGAGUGGCACGAGCAGUAACACCACCAACAACAACGAUCAAAAGUUUAUACCCUUGGAAGCGGAAACCGAGAAACAGUUCCGCGAGCAAUCUUUAAAUCGAUUGAAGCAGUUCAUCGACGAAACGGCGUCGGAUCCGGAGAAAGCGAUGAAAGAUCCGAAAACAGUUGGACAGAAAGUGCUGAACUUGAUUAUAGAAACGUGCGAGAUUUGGAACCCGCCGAAGUUUUUAUGGCGAACGGCGGCGACUUUGUUGUUAGCCGGGAACGUCUGUUAUCGGUUACUGUUGAAACCGUCGGUGAAACUGAAGAAACGGAUCAACAUGAAACAGACUGUGGAGCAAAUCGCGAGAAUUGGGCCGGAGACGUUAGGCGUAGCGAUGAUGACUUCGUCCUUCGUCGGCUUGGUGUUUACGAUUCAGUUUUGCAAAGAAUUUUCCAAAGUUGGAUUGAAAAACGUCAUCGGCGGUUUGCUCGGAUUAGCGUUCGCGAGAGAGUUGACGCCGGUUAUUUGCGCCAUCGUUCUCGCCGGUCGCGUUGGGUCCGCCAUCGCCGCCGAGUUAGGGACCAUGCAAGUCACGGAACAAGUCGACCAACUCACCGUUUUAGACACCGACCCGGUGGAUUAUUUGGUCAUCCCUCGCGUCUUAGCGUGCAUGAUCUCCCUCCCUAUUUUAUCGUUAAUCUCCUUCGCGCAAUCGAUGGCGGCGUCCAUUAUCCUCGCCGAUUUCCGCUACGGCGUCUCCCCAAACGUCGUCAUCGACUCCGCGGCAAAGUAUUUAGAGUUGAGCGAUAUCGGCGUCAUGUCCGCCAAGAGCGUGGCGUUCGGCGCGGUCAUCGCGGUCAUUUCCUGCGGUUGGGGGACGACGACCAUUGGCGGCGCUAAAGGCGUCGGGGAAAGUACCACCGCAUCCGUGGUUAUUUCUUUGGUGGCGAUAUUCGUCGUCGAUUUCGUGUUGAGCAUGGUGUUCUUUAACAAGUGA